CGAAAAAAAAAGGUGAAACGAAGAAAAUCUUCAGAAAUCCGAUGGCAUGAGCAAACCUUCUGAACCCUACUCUUGCCUUCCCAAGUUUCCAUCCCGAAUUCUUCACCUCGGCGGCCUCCAGCGCCCCGGCGACACCAGCGUCGUCGCGCCCUGCUCACGGCACCCGCCGCCACCAAACAACCCUUCGUCGCCUGACCACGCCGCCUCCCUCCACCAAGUUGAAGAACGUCACGUCGAAUUCUCCUCUCGUGGUCGUUGCCCUCCUGCUACUCGGCUCCUCCUCCUCGCGCCCCCUCUACAGUAAUGGAAGUGCAGAUCCAUUCGGACUUGGAUUGAUUUCUUCAUCGUUGGUAGGGGGGCAUGUCUACAAAGAGAAGAGGAAGUGGUCGCCGUGGCCGUGGCCGUGGAAGAGGUGCUGUGCCAGAAAAUGGCAUGGAUCAUGAAACCCCUGCACCUUCUUCGCCAAGUACCACUUCUGACAGAGAAGACCAUGUUGAGCUGAUUUCAGAACAAUCCCCAGCUUGUUAUGUUGGACCGACGGAACCUGUAUCCAACACAUUACUCAACCCUAAGAUUAACCACCGUUCUGAUGCAAUCUUUGGUGAUCAGGCUGUGGAGCAGUUGAAGUUGCGUCAUCACAAACCUUUAAAAUUUCAUGAGAGAUAUCGCCCUUAUUUGAGGGAUGCAGGCUUGCUUGGGCUUUCACAAAUUUGCCAGAAGAUGCCUCAGUUGGACAAAGCCUUGAUUACUGCCCUUGUUGAACGCUGGAGGCCAGAGACCCAUAGCUUCCAUUUGGCCUCUGGGGAGAUCACUGUUACACUUCAAGAUGUUGCAAUGUUGUUUGCUCUUCCUAUUGAUGGCCGUUCGGUUUGUUCAACCACUGAUCAUGAUUAUGGGCAAGUGGUCCUUGAUUGUCUAGGUCACGAUGCAAGGGGGGCCGCAAUGCCUGGAAAAUCCUUCUUGCAUUACAAAUGGCUAAAGAAGCACUUCUAUGAAUUACCAGAAGAGGCAGAUGAUCUGACAGUACAGAGGCAUGUUCGAGCAUAUAUCCUUAGCCUUUUAUGUGGGGUGCUCUUUCCUGAUGGGACAGGAAGGAUGAGUCUGAUAUAUCUUCCUCUGAUUACUGAUCUUUCACGUGUUGGUACAUACAGCUGGGGUUCUGCAGUUCUGGCAUUCCUAUACCGAUCUCUUUGUUCUGUUGCCUCCUCCCACAAUAUCAAGAAUAUUGGUGGUUCAUUGCUUCUCUUGCAGCUUUGGAGCUGGGAGCGCUUUCAUGUUGGCAGACCAAUGGUUCGCUCUCCUCUAUGCCCAGAGACAUGCAUCGAACAGGAUUUACCCCCAAUCGGCUUUCGUUGGGUGGGGGCUCGCACACAGAGUGACAACGCUACUCGCUGUCUUAAGCAGUACAGAGAUGAGCUGAAUCUGCAGCGUGUAGAUCAGGUGAAGUGGGAUCCCUACCUGCACAUAGAGUCCUCAAGUUUACCACCACUUUGUACAAAAGAUGCGGACCUGUGGCUUACACAAGCUCCAUUAAUAAAUUUCCCUAUAGUUGAAAUGUAUUUGCCCGAGCGAGUCAUGCGGCAAUUCGGGCUUCGCCAAUGCAUUCCACCACCUUUUCGGCCUACGCUACAGUCAUUGCAUCGUUUUAGUCGACGUGGCAGAGAGCGUGAAAAUUGGGAAGAAACACACCAUGAGUAUAUUCAGGAAUGGGAAGCCCGACGGCAGCGCAUAUUUCGAGAUACGGAACAAUAUGAUCCAUCUUCUUAUGAGGAGUACCUGCAAUGGUACUCAGGAGCUACACGACGGUACCUUGUCCCAGUAAUAAGUGAUGAUGCUGAAGCAGGACCUUCGGCCCCACCUGAUGAUUCCUUAGAUCUUCAGUAUCAAGCAAAGUCUCCGAUGAUCCGCAAAGUGGUUGAUAAACUGGAAGGUAUGGUGAAGAGGGCCAAGAGAGCCAUGACAUCUACAGCUGAUAUGACUACUCAAGCAUUGGUUGCUGAGUUCCUGCAUGGCUUUCAAGAUGUCCUGCAAGACCUUGGUGAGAUCCAGAAAAAUGGUGGCUCAGCUGUUCCACCUUUUGGUUCAGAUACUAGUCCACAUGUUGACUCAGGCGCCACUCAAGAGACACCUCAACUUUUGCUUGAAGCAGAACAAAACACAGAUGCCGAUCAAGAGGCUGAACAACAGGAAGAUGAACUUAACACAGUGGAGCACGCUUCAUUGACCCUCGAGCCUAUGGAUGAGGAAAACAACUUAUCCGACAAUUUGCUAUCUGAACAUCCUUCACUGGCUGUGGAGGAAAAUUGCAUUUCAGCUGCACCAGCCACUGAGAUGUGUGAUAUAGCCACUCCUGCGACUGACUUGGUUAUUCCACAGCCUAGUGAGGAUCUUCAUCAAGAUGAAUAUCUAGAGGACCACCCUGAAAUAGACCAGACUAUACUGAUAGUGGAACCUAAGCUCGAGGAAAAUGACAGUUCAGAUAUUGUGUUCCCACUGAGCCCUCCAUCGCUAAUGCUGGAGGAACAGCGCGACUCAGCUAAGGCAGCAGUGGAACAGGGUGACUUUGCCACUCUAGGUACUGAAUCAUGUACUGUACAACAGAGUCUGGAUGUAAGAGAAGCCGAGGAUGAGGAAAACCUUGGCACAGCUGAGAACGACGUAGCGAUGGUGGAGCAUACGGAUAAGGAAAAGAACAACAAUUCUAAUGGAUGUACUGUGCAACAGAAUGUGGAUGUAAGAGAAGCCGAGGAUCAGGAAAACCAUGGCACAGCUGAGCACGACGUAGUGCUGGUGGGUCAUACGAAUAAGGAAAACAAAGGCAGUUCUAAUGGUGUUUCUUCUUCCUGCCCUGCGUCAUCAGCCAUUAUUGAUACCAUCCAAAUCGAGCAGUGAUCAUCUUUGUGUUACCUAUGUAGCGAUUAGAUGCAAAUUUCUGCAGAUUUAACGUGAGAUGUAGCUCUUUUGUUGCUGAUAGUGUUGGGUUGAUUCUGUUACUUAUUCCGUCGUGGUUAGCCUGAUGAUUUGACCAGACAUUUGAGGUCUUAUUAUUCAUCCAGAGUCUUCUCAAUUUUUUU